AUGGCUCAAGAAAAAGAGUCUCUUGUGGAGUCUCAUUGGUCUGAUUUUCAACCUCCAUCAAGCUCAGCGAUGAUCUACAGACGGGAAGUUAUUCCUCGUCAACGGGCGUUAUCUGCGUUGCUAAUUGGCUUGGGAAUUAUUGUAACAUUGAUACUUUUACUGGUUUUAUCCUACUUCAUGCACAUUUACUCGAGUGAUCAUUCACAUAUUAACGUGCACGAUUCACUAAAUCCAAUUUGUUUAUUACCAAGAUUAACUGGUAAAUGUCGUGCAAAACUUCGUCGUUGGGGUUGGAAUCCACAAAAAACAAUUGUGAAGAAUUCAUCUAUGGUGGUUGUGAUGCAAAUGAAAAUAAUUUUUUAA